GAAGAAGUAAACGACAUGCAAAGGAUAUCCAUAGCUGAGGAAGAGGGCAACGAGGACGAUUACUCCGAGUCGGCGUUCGCGAUCAUGCAACGACGAAGCUCCAGCCGACGGCAAAGCAGACGCAAACGACGCCCGUCGUCGCCGUUCGGCGCCGAGUCCGAACCCACGCAUCGUCGAAGAUCCUCCGUCUAUACCAUCAGCUCCGGAGAAACUGCAAUUUCGAUAGAGGAAAGCGGCAGCCAGGAGCAGAUAUUCGAGAAGUUGAAACUGCACAAGGAAGUGUUGAGCGGAGUGAAACAACAACCAUGGCCUCUUCGUCGGAAGAUCAGGCUCGUACGACAAGCGAAAUCCUAUAUCAGAAAACACGAGGGAGUCCUUCAAGAAAGAUUGGCCCACACGCGGAGCACCAAAGACGCCAUUGCACGCAUCUCGUUGUUCACUACGAAGAAAUGGCAAUAUUGCAGAAGAGAAAUGGUCAACCUUCAAACCUGGCUGAUCCCCUGGGAGCUUCGAAUCAAGGAAAUAGAAUCUCAUUUCGGGUCCGCGGUUGCUUCCUACUUCACUUUCCUUCGGUGGUUGUUUUGGAUCAAUCUGGUCAUGUCGGCCAUCAUCACGGCCUUUGUCGCGAUUCCAGAGGUGCUCACAGCAGACCCAGCCGCGGCAGGCGAAAGGAAGAUCAUGCUCAGAGAAGAGAAGAUCAAAUCGAAACAUCUGCUGACUCUGUGGGAGUUCGAGGGGAUCCUAAAGUACUCUCCAUUUUUCUACGGCUGGUACACCAAUCAGGAUUCCGAGACCGGUUAUCGGCUACCUUUGGCCUACUUCGUCACGAAUUUGGUCCUCUACAUCUACAGCUUCGUCGCCAUAUUACGCAAAGUGGCAGAGAACUCUCGUCUGAGCAAACUCAUCGAAAAGGAGGAGGAGUACGUGUUCUCGUGGAAGCUGUUCACGGGAUGGGACUUUAUGAUCGGCAACCCCGAAACCGCCCACAAUCGCGUCUCCAGCAUCGUCAUGGGAUUCAAGGAGGCUCUGCUCGAGGAGGCUGAGAAGGAAAAGGACGAAAGGAAUUGGAAAAUCAUAAUCAUGAGAAUCUUUGUGAACAUAUCGGUGAUGUCGCUAUUAGCAUUGUCGGCGUGCGCGGUGAUCGAAGUGGUCGCUCGUAGCGCCGAGGAACUGGAACAGAACGAUUGGUGGCGACAGAACGAAAUUACGGUGGUCACGUCCCUGAUCAACUACUUCUUCCCGAUAUUCUUCGAGAUAUUGGGCCUGCUGGAGAGCUAUCAUCCCAGAAAGCAAUUACGUUUGCAGCUUGCACGAAUAAUGGUUUUGAAUUUAUUGAAUCUCUACUCUUUGAUAUUCGCAUUGUUCGGCAAAAUAAGCUCGAUGAAAAAUGAUCUGCAAGAUCUACAGCCGACGACAACGAAUUGCUCGUACAAGCCUAUCGUGUGCAACAAAGAGUCCUCCAAGUCGAAACAAGUGGCUGCUCUCGUCUCCCUAAGUUUAAUUUUGGCGAGCAACGGUACCGAUCUACAACGCAACAACAAAACGACGCCGCCGCCAUAUUUGAUGCUGCCCAGCGAUUUCUACUUAAAUCCGAUUAUGGACGAGAAGACGCUGGAAGAGAUAUACAAUAUCGGCGAUUAUUAUGAGAAUUACGACGAAUACGGCCUGGAAGGAAACGAAACCGCACAGCUUUCGACCGAGCAAGCGUUGGAAGAUAAUUCUACGUUUACGGAACACGAACUAAACGAUACUUUGCAAACAACCAUCUUUUCUACCGAUGAUCGUUUCAUAGAGACUUCUGUUAGCGAAUCGAGCGAACAAACCAGCGAUACCUCGUCAUCUAGUAUGAACUUUUACGAGACCACGGCUCACGAUGAACCAACCGAGACGACAAUUAAUGGUACGAGUACUGCAAACACCGUUAACGAAGAUCUUAUCGGUUCUUCCAUUAUGGACAUAUCGACUUCUUCGACGGCCACUGAAACGGUAGACGAAUAUUCGAUAACCACGGAACGAACCAACACCGAACCGCCGGUAAUUACAACCAUGUUCGCCGGAAAACCUAGCGCAGAAACGGCGGACAAAACAGCUAUCGACUCUUCGACAUCGUCCAACGAGCACGUGAUUCCACUCGAAGAGAAAGACUACGUUGUAAAGUGCUUCGAGCAAGUUUGCACGACAACCACGCAAGAUACAAUUGCCUCGUCAAAGGUACUGGAUCUAAAAACUAGGAAGAAGCUUCGUCGUUUGUGCUGGGAGACGAUGUUCGGGCAAGAGCUCGCUAAACUGACCGUCAUGGACCUGGUAUUCACUAUAGUGUCCACGCUCGGCAUAGACUUCUUCAGGGCGGUCUUUAUUCGUUACAUGAACGAUUUCUGGUGCUGGGACCUGGAGAAACAAUUCCCUCAAUACGGCGACUUUAAAAUAGCCGAGAACAUACUCCACUUGGUGAACAAUCAAGGGAUGAUUUGGAUGGGGAUGUUCUUCAGUCCUGGUUUAACGACACUGAACCUUCUGAAGCUCGGUAUUCUCAUGUAUUUGCGAUCCUGGGCUGUUCUCACUUGCAACGUGCCCCACGAAGUGAUUUUUCGAGCCUCCAGAUCCAACAACUUUUACUUCGCUCUGUUGCUGACUAUGCUGUUGCUGUGCGUGUUGCCCGUCGGUUAUGCGAUCGUUUGGGUGGAACCGUCGUGGCAUUGUGGCCCGUUUUCCGGUUACAAAAAAAUUUACCAUCUGGCUACGAAACAGCUCACGGAUUCCCUUCCGGAAACGAUUCAAAGGUGUCUCGAUUACAUGGCUUCGCCAGGUAUCGUGAUCCCAUUGAUCCUUCUGAUGACUCUAAUCAUUUAUUACAUGGUGUCUCUUACAAAGUCAUUAAGAGAGGCUAACAACGAUUUAAAGAUACAAUUGCGUCACGAGCGUACAGAGGAGCGACGGAAACUGUUUAAAAUUGUGAAAAGAGAAGGGCUGGUCGACUCGUCCGUCGUGAAAUGGAAAAAAAUGUUACCCGCUUUGUCCAAAAAGUCCACCAAGUCCAGAUCUCCAAAAGCUGAACCGGAAGUCGAGGCUGCCGAACUAACGGACGUGGAGGAGGACCCGUUUCCACCUGCUUCCGAAAAUAAUUACAAAGCCAGUGGAUCGACCAGUGGACGAACAAGGUUGACGAAGGUUCUUCGUGAUUCGUGGGAGUCACAGUCGAGUGACUGUGCCGUGAUACCGGAGAUUCGCAUAAACGAAGUGGAGGGAAAAUCGGAAGAUCAGGCCCGCUCAAUUUCUACGGAAAAUCGUGAUUCGAGAUGAACAGAAUAAAAAUAUUGGUAAGAAGACGAUGGAGCGCU